AUGGCCGAGGAUCUGGGACUGAGCUUUGGGGAAACAGCCAGUGUGGAAAUGCUGCCAGAGCACGGCAGCUGCAGGCCCAAGGCCAGGAGCAGCAGCGCACGCUGGGCUCUCACCUGCUGCCUGGUGUUGCUCCCCUUCCUUGCAGGACUCACCACAUACCUGCUUGUCAGCCAGCUCCGGGCCCAGGGAGAGGCCUGUGUGCAGUUCCAGACUCUAAAAGGACAGGAGUUUGCACCUUCACAUCAGCAAGUUUAUGCACCUCUUAGAGCAGAUGGAGAUAAGCCAAGGGCACACCUGACAGUUGUGAGACAAACUCCCACACAGCACUUAAAAAAUCAGUUCCCAGCUCUGCACUGGGAACAUGAACUAGGCCUGGCCUUCACCAAGAACCGAAUGAACUAUACCAACAAAUUCCUGCUGAUCCCAGAGUCGGGAGACUACUUCAUUUACUCCCAGGUCACAUUCCGUGGGAUGACCUCUGAGUGCAGUGAAAUCAGACAAGCAGGCCGACCAAACAAGCCAGACUCCAUCACUGUGGUCAUCACCAAGGUAACAGACAGCUACCCUGAGCCAACCCAGCUCCUCAUGGGGACCAAGUCUGUGUGCGAAGUAGGUAGCAACUGGUUCCAGCCCAUCUACCUCGGAGCCAUGUUCUCCUUGCAAGAAGGGGACAAGCUAAUGGUGAACGUCAGUGACAUCUCUUUGGUGGAUUACACAAAAGAAGACAAAACCUUCUUUGGAGCCUUCUUACUAUAG